AUGAACGAGUCCAGGCAGCAGUCUCUGUUCUUUGUCAUACUUCCAGAUUUACACAAACUCUGCGCUGUCCAGAUAACAUUGAAUAGCAGCGUGGCAGAAACAGAGAUGAGGAGCACACAGAUAAAGAUGUGCAGGCAGUUGCUACUUUUGCAUGAAGAUAUUCUCACAGCACCUGUGCCUGGAAUAGUAAACCAAAUUUGGGUGGUGAUGUCGAUACCAUUUUUUAAAUCUGGGAGACUCAAUAUCUAUAUUGAAAAAUGUGGAGCAAAGAUGGAGGCUCCACAAAGAGUGAUUCCUGUGAUUCUUCAAAACUGCCUUUCCUAUUCACUCCUGGCUAGACUUGCUCCGGCCUGGAACAGAACAGGCCAUCUCUUGGUACAAGGAAGAGAUUUUCUUUCACAUACGGGAAAGCAAAGUGCUGUUGUAUUAGACAUCAACGUAACAGAAACACAAGUUUGUCUAAGUAUAGAAGUCUAUACAAUAAGAUUGCCGCCACCUGAGCUAAAGGACUUUGAUAUUUCUCAGCACAUUAUAGAGGAUUUUCAUACCAACCAGAGUGCUGUCAUUGAGAGACAUUCCAUUUUAAACAACUGGUGCUACGUUUUGCCAAGUAUGAAAAUGGGGCAGAUAAUAAAUGUUCUUCAUACUGCACCGCCUGAUUGUCCCUUUCAUUCCUUUGAAGAUUUCCGGAGGCACUGGGAUGACCUGUAUGGCUACAAACUUCCAGAGGAUCGUGGAGGAGAGAUGAGAACAUACUGCAGCGUCUACUUCAGAAUGAUCAACGAAAGGACCUUCACGUAUCCUCUUACCUGCAUCAGAAGUCAGCCCAUUCAGUUCUUCCCGAGGGUAGAUCUGGACGGUGUGCUGAAAAGCUUUCUUUCAGACUUGAAGUCUAAACUGCCGCAUUUAUGUGGAUUUCCCAUCAAGAUGACAAAUAAGCCAUGCUACUACACACAGGAGCUAAGCAGACCUCAGGUGCAGGAAAACAAAGUCAAACCACCCAACCUGACCACUAAGAGACUCUUCAGAGCCCCGCCAACUCAAGCCAGGCUGACGGCGUGGCCGCGGGCGCCGUGCUGCCCCGCCCCGUCAGCCGGCCGCGCGGCGGAGCCCGAGGUCGGCCAGCAGAGGGCAGCCGUGUUCCCGGCGGGGCGCCCGCGGCCAGCGCCUCUUGCUGGCGCAAGGCUCUCCCGGCCGCCUCUGGAGCAGGCCGGGCUCAGCAGAGAGAACGCACAGGUUCAGCGCGAGCGCCUCUGCUCACAAACCAGCAGAGCCCCGGCGUUCGUACCGGUUUUCAAAAAGAAAUCCGAGCAAGCGAACAGAGCCGUCCCAGCGCCUGGCGCCGUGAAAAGAAAGCAGACCGCGGUUACAGAAUCUCCCCGGCCGGCACGGGAGGCCAGUGUACCCCAGGGAGGCAAGCCGAGUUCAGGCGCAGCCGCCCGGAAAAAGCCGAACAGUAUCAGUCACAUCCACGUCGGGCAUCUGAACCAGCCGCGCUCCGGACCCCCGCAGGGGCAGUUGUGUGGGCGGAGGACCGGGCCACCCUCUUCCUCCGAGAGGCGCGCGGUGCCGCUGUCCGCCCGCGUGACGCACACGUCGGGUAGCAGUGUAAGAAAUGCCGUGGACAGCCCCGCCCGGGGAAAAGACAGCUUAACAAGCAGGCUCAUAACACAGAUUCUGGGGAAAAGCCACGAGUCACUGAAACUCAAAAGCCAGCCACACAUUUUUGAAUCAGAAACUGGAGAGUGGCAACUCCAGCAGCAACACUUAGCAAAUGAAAUUACCGACGCUGGUGCGGCUGAACGCGGCCUAACAGAGCGCAAGGCAGCCCACAGCCGCAGACGGAAGCUGUGUCCCGAGUCUUCAAAGGCUUACACAAGGCAUUGCUCUGAUGCCCACAAGAGGCAACCUAGUUCUUCUGAGAGCCAGGUAGCUAAUACAAUAAAGCCCGAGGAUUCUCUCAUCGUUCCCGAGGCCCGCUACAGCGUGGAACAGAGCGCCCGCCUGGUAACUGCAGCGCUACGCACUUCUUUUCCUGGCUCCUUCGAGAUAGCCAAGCUUAAAUUGGCAAAGACACUGGAGCCGCACAUCUGUGACUAAGCAACUGGUCUGCACUGUGUACACACAAAGGACCCUCAGGCUCCCUUUUCAGUUCUGGGCUCUCAGGGCCCAGGAAGCCGGCACUGCACCGCAGCCACAGCAGCUGCCAGAGUGUGCAAACCGGAAAGCCUACUGUCGUUUGGGCAUGAUCCAAAUGGCAGACCUUGCAUGGAGCCCCAGAGACAACCAGUAAGUUAAAGUCCACUCCUGAAAUGCCAUGAUGCCAGCCACCCGUAAGCUUGAGACUUGUUUCUCGCUCUGGGUCGCUGGCACCGAGUUCACAAAAAUUUACAUCUGGAAAUAACAUUUUAUUCCUUGUUGCCAUCUGUUCUAUUCUAAGAACAAACACAUUACUAAAACAUCCACAAGUAUUCUUCACAUAAAGCUAUUGGCAUACGUUCAGAUUCUUUAAGAAUCAAGUAGAAAACAUUUUUUUCUUUUUCAAAUGCUAUUUCUUCCUAUAACUAAUAGAAUUUUCAACCUGAUUUGAAUUAACUAAAAGGUAUGUUAUUUUCUUCUUCUAUAUGUUGUGAUGUGGUAUUUUAUGUGGUUUUAAACAUCUUCAUGUUAAUGCUCUCAUGUGGCUGAGGAAAAUAUUGUUUGUGCCUGAGAAAUGGCGAUUUGCAUUUGUUAGAGAUGAGAGAAAUGUGUCCCAGGUUCCAUGCUGUCAUAGGGGGAUGCCACUUUCUCUUCUUGAAUUACUUAGUGACCGACACAGUGUUAACAUGAAGUCACCCUACUGGGAAGAACAUGAGAACAUUGUGGUUUCUGUGGUGAUCUGUGCACUUCUGCCCAGUGGUAAAGUUAACAGACAUUUCUGUGAACGGAGUAGUUCAGUGAGCAAGUUAAGAACGCAGGCUGGAGAGCUCUCUCAGCAGGUAAGAGUGCGCUGCUCUCCAGAAGGGGGGCUCAGGCAGGACCAACACUGUAGUUCACACUUACGCGUAACUCCAGUUCCAGAGGCUCCACUGCUUCCCUCUGUGGGCUUCAGGCUUGCCCGUGGUACACUGUCAUACAUGCAGGCAAGACACCCACGCACACCAAGUAGUAAGUUUCUACAACGCGGCAACGCAAAACCACCCACAGUUGCUGUUUGCAGGAGCACUCGCUCAGAACCCGAGGACGCUCUCCCAGACACUGCCUGUGAGCACGAAGGCUGUGUGCUGCUCUGUGGUCUCUUCUCGACUCUACGGUCGCCUCCUUAGUGUUUGUGCCGUAUUUCGUUGAUGUGGGCCCAGCACGUUUAACUUCUCUUCCUAUUGGGACUUAACUGUUUUACAACCUUUCAGUAUUAUAUGUUAUGUAAACUUUUCUAUACAAAAUGUGGUACCAAAUUUUCUUACAUGGUACAUUGUUUUUAAUUACAGAGUCUCACGCUGUAGCCCCAGCUAGCCUGGAACUUGCUAUGUAGACCAGGCUGGCCUCAAAUUCCCAGAGAUCCACUUGCCUCUGCUGCCCAAGUGCUGGCUCCAAAGGCAUGUGCCACCUUACCCAGUGCAAUACCCAGUGUAUUGAUAGUUUAAAAUACUUUUACUUUGCCCUUACUAUUUUUAUUACUGUUAUUAGUUUGAAGUGACUCUGUUUUAUUGUCAGAGUUGGGGCUUCACAGAUACGGUAGUAUAAAGACAACAGGCAGCAGUGUGAAGAAGCUAGGUGCCUAUCACCCCCGUUUCCUGGCUGUUGACAUUUGACACUGUCUCCUCUGCCCUUUGGGUGCUUUUUACCAACAUUUUAAAGCAAAUGCAAAGAUUCUUACAGUUCCAUUUAUAAACAAACACCUCAGAAUACAACUCUAACUAAGGUAUAGUGGACUUUUUAAAGAAAAUACUUUGUAUGAGCAUUUACACUGUACGUUUUGAGAGGAUCCCCUAUGUUCAUCUCCAAACCAACCAUACUGUAGUUACACGAGGAAAGAGUCUAUGCUUUAUAAUCUCUGUUUAUUCAUAAUUCUGGGCACACUGUUUCAGUGCUUAUUUAGAAGUUAGAUGGUGUGCUGUAUUGCCACUAAAUUUUAUUUUUGUUUUUGUGUGACUCAUGGGAACCCCCAGAGACAUGAGGUCAUUUAUACUACAGGUUUGGAGCUUUAUUGAGGUGGCAGUUUCUGUGCCCAGAUAGACUCAUUAGUCCUGCUGUGUGCCAGGUAGUGGCCAUGCUGUGUCCACUCCUAGAAUGGGAGGACUUGCCCCAAAGGCUGAGUCUAGUCUUUAGCCAACUCACGUGUGCCUGUGGCUCAGGCUUAGCACUAUGUGUGUGAUGAAGCAAGUGUCCAGAAUCGCCUGCUUGUCCUCUGCAGACAGUUAGAGAUGGAGGGAGAAGCACAAACGGUGCUCCUCUCCUAAGGGGAGUUUUCAUCAUGUCAGAUAUUCCAGGCUUUAACUGGACUUGAUAACAUAUAGUCAGCAUACAUCUUAAAAGCCAAAACUCUUCAUUGAAAAUCCUACUACGAUCAUCCUUCAUUAUGUACCUAAAACUGACAACAACAACAACAAAAAACAAGUUUAAAUUGAACUGUGCUUGUUAAAUAUGGAUGCUGUGGAAUUCCGUCUCCUGAAGUUAUGCCCCGUAGUUGGUUUGCUCUAUGCUUUCACUAUGAGCACUUCUGCGUCCAGAAAUCCCUGAGAAAGACAAUCAUGUUCAUGGGAAGAGUGUACAUUAACUCCUUCCUCAUGCAGUCCAUGUAGUGGGCAGCCAGCAGGCCACAGUAAAGACCUGAAUGUUCAUGUGUGGUCAGCAGAGCCAUCCAGACACAGCCAUUCUUGAACUGGCCUUCCCUAGAUGCUUCCUGGGGCUGCUCCCUCACUAUUCCAUAGGCUGGGGAGACACCAUAUCACUAAGCAAACUAGUUAGAACAUCAGUCUACUGCUGAAGCAGUGGAGAGUGUUUCCCAGCUCUUUAAAGAAUCUUGAUAAUCCCCUAUUAGCUGAGCUAUGCAGAACUGACAGCAUAAUAUUUAUUUUUUCCUUUUAGGCAAGGCAUCAUAUAGCCCAUGUUGGUCUCGAAUUCACUAUGUAGCCUAGAAUGACCUUGAACUGCUAAUCUUCCUACCUCUGCUUCCAGAGUGCUAGAUUAUAGCUCAGUUCAUAUCCUGGAAAUUAAAUCCAGGGCUUUGUACAUAUGAGGCAAGCCCUCUAUCAAGUGAGCUGUAUCCCAUUUUAGAUUUCAUUUUAGAUAAAUGGUCACAUACAUGCAGGCUUGUUAUGCUAAAAUGAAUCUAUAUGAGUUUGUUGCCUUGUGUAAAUAUACAUAUAUAAUCUCCAUGCACAUACAUAUGUAAUCUCCAUACACAUACAUAUAUAAUCUCCGUACAUAUACAAAAAUGCACUCUAUACACACCAAAUUUCUGUGCUAAAAAUUCAACAGAGAAAUCAAUGAAGGUCCUGGUUCAUAUUAAAACUUUAGUUCUCGGGGCUGGAGCCAACUCAGCAGUUAAGAGCACUUGCUGCUCUUGUCAAGGAUGCAAGUUUAUUUCCAGCACCAUAUAGCUGCUCACAAUCAUCUAUAACUCAGAUUCCAAUGGGAUCUGGGAUACGAUACCCUCUUCAGGCCUCUCAGGCACCAGGCACAUACAUGAUACACAUGCAUACAUGAAGGCAAAACUCACAGACAAAGAAUAUUUUUAAAAGACUUCAAUUUCUGAAAACCAAAAUAACUGCACAGCCAAUUAGAAAAAAACAAAUUUUUCUCUUUUAGGUUUGGAUACUUUGUUUGCAGUACAGACCCCUUCCAAAAAUUCAUUCCUUGCUUUUCAAUUCUGCAUUACAACUUUAACCAUAAAUAAUUUUUGUUUGCCUAUAUCCAGAGGCUUAGAAAUCAACCACCACACCAAAACAAACUUAUGGAAAUAGGCCAAAAUUAAUGCCAAGAAUCAUAUUUACAGUUAUGUAAAAAUGUUCCUCAUGUAUAUUGGUGCUUACUAUAGUUGUAUGUGGUUUUAUAUUUUAUUAUAUGUUACAAUUAUUUUACUUUACUUGUGUUUAUUACUCACUGUAGCAAACAAAAUCUUGAGAAUCUCAGUGAUUGGUUUUAUUUGACAAAUUUAUCAACCAAUUUUCACUCUCUGUUUUCAAGUUGCAGAUGAUCUGUUUUUAUGCUGUGCCUGCUAAUAUAUAUUUGUAAGGUGUUCUGAAUAAUCAGCAUAAGGACUUAAAGAUGCAUGACCCUUAUGUGUUGAUGCUCAGAAUGUUCCUGCUGAAUAUUAUUUCAGAUGACAAACAGUAAAGACAU